AUGGAGGAAAUCGAUCCAAGUUUCAAAGAAAGAUACUAGAGAUUGGCAUCAUUAGAAAGAAAGAAGAAACCGAUCAAAAUAAACAUCAUUCAUGAAUAGCAGAGCCUCCCUUCACAACAAGAGAUUAAAUUUCAGCAUUAGUAACCAAGCAAUAACAAAAUUGAAUUUAAGAGUUCCUUGUUCUUAAAAGGAGAUGCUACAACAAAAUCUGAUAAAAAACUUAAUAAAAAGGACUUUAGUAUCGAUAUUGCUCCUCUAGAAAUUAAAGUAGAAGAAACUCUUAGGUCGAAUUCUGAAAACGUCAACAUGCUUUAAGAUAAAAAAAUUGAUAACUAUAACCCAUUCAUUGAUAAUUACCUUGGCAUAGACUGCGAUAAUAUUGAUGAUCAUUCGUAAUCCUCAGAAAGCCCUUUGAGAAUUUUGAGUUAAGAAAUUUCUGCAAUUUAGAAACUUGAAAUUACUCAAAAAAACUAUUUAAGUCCAACUAAGAUCCCAGGACUGUAGAGCCGAAAUUAGAGACUUUAGUUAGGAGGUCAAGUGAGUGAUAUGUCACCCAUGUCUUCAUAUAUUUCAGGAUUUUAUCUUGACAGAAUAGAUGAAUUACUGCCAGAAAAGAAACUAGUAACAGAAAAAUUAUUCAAAGGCAAAGAUUAGCAUCAAUAGAUUUUAUAGGAAGAUACUCCUUUUAACAGAGUCGAUGACAACAACAGGCAAAGCAUUAAUUUCAAACAAAGAUAUGAGAAUAAGUUUUUAUCUAAAUUCCAAAGGAGAAAGGAAAAAUUGCGAUACAAGCUUUAAUUUCCUAGAAAGCAAGACUAUAUUGAUGACAAAAAUAAGAAGAAGUCAGCUUAAGCUUUGAAAUUUCUCAGGAAACUGGGAAGAAAGUUGAGAAGACCUUAAGCUUUUAUUAAAUAAGGACGCUAAAUAAAUAUAAAAAAGUAAUCUGAUGGGGUUUCAUCACAAUUUAAUUAUUUUGAGUCCCCUGCUAAAUCUUGUAUUACUAUUGAGUCAAAUGAAACUAGAAUAUCUCCAAGGCAAGCUCUGAUAAAAUAGCAGUAAAAAAAUGAUGCUAAUUACAAUAAUAAUAUAAAUGAUGGACAGAUGGUAUUUUCCAAUUUCUAAUUUCAACUGCAUCAGACUGGAGGAAGUGAAGAUAAUAUCAGCAGUGGGGGAAAUAGCAGUGCAAAGUAUAGAGAUAUAUACAAGGCUAAUAAUUAAAGCCAAGUACCUAAAAGGAAAACUAAGCAACUCGAGCACAGUCCAUCUUUUGAAGUUGUUGAAAAACCAGAAAGUACAAUUUUUUAUGAUCCCUAGGGAAAUUUCAAUGCAUAUGAUGAAAUCUAAGAGCUUCUUUCUCCAAUCGCGACAAGGAACCAUGUGAAGCCAGAGUUGGAUGAAAUGGAGAUUAGAUUUAUGGAUGCAUUCGUGGAGUACAGAAAGGACAAAAUCUACUACGACUUCAAUAACUAUGAUAAAUAUAAGAUAGAUGCCCUUCAAUCAAAUAAUUAAAUAGAACAGAAUUUAGGAAUAACUAGGGAUAGUUCCAUAUCUUUCAAAGAUUAAAGAUUUACAAUUUAAAAAACUCAAAAUUCUAAUUAGAAUCAACUGGCAGUAACCUAACUUCAGUAAUAACAGUCUAAUUCAACAAUGCAAUAGCAGCAAAGCAAGAGCUAUUAAAGCAAAAAUCUGUAGAUUGAGGCAGUCAAGAAAUACAACUACCAAAAGUAAUCUUCAAUAGAAACUCUAAAUCCUUACACAUCAAAAAAUUUCUAGAUUGACGAAGAAGAUGAAUUGAGGGAAAAUGACUCGCCUACAGACCUGAUUGCUACAGAUGAUGUUAAAAGAUAGAAAAAAGUGAAAGCAUCAGGUUUUAAAACUAUCAAUCAAAGUCUUAAAGAUUUAUAAUAAAUUCUUGAUUAGCAAGAAAUAUUUGACUUGAAUAAGUACCAAUCUCACACAUCUAAUUAGUACUAUUUAAAUACAGAGGGGGAUGAUACUGAUUCUAAAUUUUCACAAGAUUUUGCUUCAGUUACUGAGGAUAAGCGCUCUCAAAGUAUAUCAAAAGCAACAGCUAAAAAGAGUUUAUUUUAAAAGAACUAAAUGUAGAAAUCAAUGAGUCGUAAGGUCAUUAAAGGCAGAUCAAACAGUAAAAAGCGCAUCUCAAUAGACCCUGCAAAUAAGGACAAACACGACAGUGUUGUUUAUUUAGAUCAGUUAACUCUAAAACAGAUGAAAAAUAGUUUCAAGCUACUCUGCGAAGAUAUAGUAUAGCCUAUGGCCCCAUUAAUAUUAUAGUGCAACCGAAAAUUCUCAGCUUUAUGA